UCUAUGCUUUGGCUAAUUAAUAUUCCUUCUGUUUUUGCUUUCUCCUCUGCUAUUUGUCUUUUGUUUAGGUAAAAAUGAUUUUCUUCGAUUUUAAAAAACCUGCACCUGCAAAAUUAAUUUCACAAUGACAUAUCCCUGUCACCCUUCUCCCUCCUUCUCAGUUCUCCCCAUUCUUGACGCUGUCGUUUUUGUAUAUAUUUUCACUCAACCUGAUUCUCUUCUUUGGACUGGACUGCAGUGAUCGAUCAUCGAAUCCCUCUUUUUUCCUUGUCCCUUUCUAUAAAGAUCUUCAACAUCUCUCUCUCUCUCUCUCUCUCUCAUUUCACUCUCUCCCCCUGUCCUUCCUUUCCAGCAGCUGCAACCGACUUAUUCAAAUCCUCCAUAAUUAAACAGGAAAUAAAGCUCCAGCUAAAACCAGAUAGGCCCCAUCUUUUGCACUCUCAUCUUUUCACAACUCAAAACUCCAAAAACCCUUUUUGUUUUUUUCCCUCUUUCCCCCUUUUUAAGCUUUCCCCUCCCCCCUAUGCUCUCUCUCUCUCUCUCUCUCUCUCUCUCUGCUCUGUCCACAAAUUUCCCUGAAGAAUUCCAAAACCCACUAAUUUCACAUUCUCUAUAAAUUGAGCAAGACCCAUCUCUCUCAAUACCAAAAGAAACAAAGAGGCAAGAAAAUGGAGUAUUGGACCUCUUUGGCCUCCCUUCUGGGAGUUUUGGCCUUCUGCCAAACGCUCCUCCAAUUAGUCUUCCCACCGGAGCUCCGGUUCGCAGCUUUCAAGCUCUUAAACCGGAUCUCCAACUGGUUCUCCUCCUACUGCUACUUCGACAUCACCGAGAUCGACGGCGUCAACACCAACGAGCUCUACAACGCCGUGCAGCUCUAUCUCAGCUCCUCCGUCUCCAUCACCGGCAGCCGCCUCAGCCUCACCCGCGCGCUCAACUCCAGCGCCAUCACCUUCGGCCUCUCCAACAAUGACUGCAUCGUUGACACCUACAACGGCGUCACCGUCAUCUGGGAACACGUCGUCACCCAGAGGCAAUCUCAGACUUUCUCGUGGCGCCCUUUGCCGGAAGAAAAGCGAGGCUUCACUCUCCGUAUCAAGAAGCGCGACAAGAAGCUUAUUCUCGAUUCGUAUUUGGACUACAUAAUGGAAAAGGCCAACGAAAUGCGGAGAAAGAACCAAGACCGUCUUCUGUACACGAACUCAAGAGGCGGAUCGUUGGACUCCAGGGGACAUCCAUGGGAGUCUGUACCGUUUAAGCAUCCAAGCACAUUUGAGACCUUAGCCAUGGACCCGGCAAAGAAGGGGGAGAUCCUGAAGGAUCUCGUGGAUUUCGCCAACGGUCAAGGAUUCUACCAGAAGACCGGCCGGGCCUGGAAAAGAGGGUACCUGCUAUAUGGGCCGCCGGGGACCGGGAAAUCAAGCAUGAUUGCCGCCAUGGCAAACUAUCUCGGUUAUGAUAUAUACGACUUGGAGCUGACGGAGGUGCAUACAAACUCGGAGCUGAGGAAGCUGCUGAUGAAGACGAGCUCCAAGUCCAUAAUUGUCAUUGAGGACAUUGAUUGUUCUCUGAGUUUGACCAGCAGGAAGAACAAUACUAAUGGUACUAAUUCCACCGCCAGGAGUAGUUACUACGAUGUGGGUGAAAUGCGAGGUGGUGGGUGUGUCUCCGGUGAGGAUGGCGCCGGCGGGAACAACACGAUAACGCUUUCCGGGUUGUUGAAUUUUACGGACGGGUUAUGGUCGUGCUGCGGGAGCGAGAGGAUUUUCGUGUUCACCACGAACCACAUUGAGAAGCUCGACCCGGCAUUGCUGAGGAGCGGGAGGAUGGAUAUGCACAUAUACAUGAGCUACUGUUCGUUCCCGUCAUUGAAGAUACUGCUGAAGAAUUACUUGGGGAUGGAAGAGGGUGAUUUGGACGGCGUGAUGCUGAAGGAGUUGGAGGACGUUGUUGAGAAGGCGGAGAUGACGCCGGCGGAUGUCAGCGAGGUCUUGAUCAAGAACCGGACGGAUAAGGAGAAGGCGGUGAGGGAGUUGUUGGAGGCGUUGAAGGUGAGGCGUGCGAAGAAUGUUGGGCUGAGGGAGAAGAAUGCCGAUGACGUGGAAGAGGAGGAGCAGGAGAAGAGGGCCUUGGAGAGCCCUAAGGAAGGCUGUGAGUUUCAGGAGGAGAGUUGUAAGGAAGGAAAAGGAAAUGAUGAGAAAGAUGAUGUUACGAUAGAGAAAUGAAGGGUUUUUUUUCUUUUUUCUUUUUCUUUUGUGUUAUUUACGGUGCAGAAGCCAGAAAGUUUAGAGCUUGAAAUGAUUUUGGUGGGGAGGGAAAAACUUGGCAUCCAAUUUAAACAUGUUUUAUAUAAAUAUAUAUAUAUAUAUA